AUGUCAUUUUAUUGUAAAAUAAACAAAAAUAUUUUUGAUCUUUUUUUCAUUUUUGAUGUUUAUUUUUGGGGGCUAAUUUUUUUUUGUAUACCCUCAAAGAAGCCCCUGAUCGUAUUCUUUAGCCUAGCAAAAAAAUGUUUUACAUAA